GCCGUAGUCGCGGGGCACGCCGGGAGCUGUAGUGCGGCGGGGCUGGCGGGGCCAUGGCGGCGGCCGGGACCCCCGCGGGCGGCGCGGGGCGCUCGAAGGUGGCUCCGAGCGUGGACUUCGACCACAGCUGCUCGGACAGCGUCGAGUACCUCACCCUCAACUUCGGGCCCUUCGAGACGGUGCACCGGUGGCGCCGCCUCCCGCCCUGCGACGAGUUCGUGGGGGCCCGGCGCAGCAAGCACACCGUGGUGGCAUACCGGGACGCCAUCUACGUGUUCGGCGGGGACAACGGGAAAACGAUGCUGAACGACCUGCUGCGCUUCGACGUGAAGGACUGCUCGUGGUGCAGGGCUUUUACCACGGGGACCCCGCCAGCACCGCGGUAUCACCACUCCGCUGUGGUCUAUGGGAGCAGCAUGUUUGUGUUCGGUGGUUAUACUGGAGACAUUUAUUCCAAUUCCAAUCUGAAGAAUAAAAACGAUCUCUUUGAGUACAAGUUUGCAACCGGGCAGUGGACAGAGUGGAAGACUGAAGGAAGGUUGCCGGUGGCGAGGUCAGCUCACGGUGCGACCGUGUACAGCGAUAAGCUGUGGAUCUUUGCGGGAUACGACGGCAACGCACGGUUAAAUGAUAUGUGGACAAUCGGCCUGCAGGAUAGAGAGCUGACGUGCUGGGAGGAGAUUGAACAGAGCGGUGAGAUCCCUCCUUCGUGCUGCAAUUUUCCCGUGGCUGUGUGCAAAGACAAGAUGUUUGUCUUCUCCGGGCAGAGCGGAGCCAAGAUCACCAACAAUCUCUUUCAGUUUGAAUUCAAGGAAAAAAUCUGGACGCGGAUCCCCACCGAGCACCUGCUGCGGGGCUCCCCCCCGCCUCCCCAGCGCCGCUACGGCCACACCAUGGUCGCCUUCGACCGGCACCUCUACGUGUUCGGCGGCGCGGCGGACAACACGCUGCCCAACGAGCUGCACUGCUACGACGUGGACUCGCAGACCUGGGAGGUUGUCCAGCCCAGCCCCGACAGCGAGCCUGGUGUCCUUCCAGCAGUGGCUGAGAGAGCAGAGGAAGCUCCUUCCCUGCCCUCAGAAGAACGUGGGUUAAAAAAAUCCCGGGCUGUGUUUGGGUUAGAUUUCGGCACAGCAGCAGGUAAGCAGCCACCCACAGCAGCCUCAGAGUUGCCCAGCGGGCGGCUCUUCCACGCUGCAGCCGUCAUCUCGGACGCGAUGUACAUCUUCGGUGGGACGGUGGACAACAACAUCCGCAGCGGGGAGAUGUACAGGUUCCAGUUUUCUUGUUACCCAAAGUGCACUCUGCAUGAAGAUUAUGGAAGGCUGUGGGAAAACAGGCAGUUCAGUGACUUGGAGUUUGUUUUGGGAGAGAAGGAAGAACGAGUCCGAGGACAUACUGCAAUUGUGACAGCUCGCUGCAAGUGGCUGAAAAAGAAAAUCAUGCAGGCAAGGGAGAGGUUGAAGCAGAAAUCAAAGCAAGAUAUUGAAGAUGAGGGACACGCAGCGUGUCAGAAGGAUGGGAUUGGUGGGAAUGUCAAAUUGUGCCGCCUGCAGCCGCUGCUGGAAGUGCCCAUCCGAGAGGCUGAGGCGCAGCCCUUCGAGGUGCUCAUGCAGUUUCUGUACACGGAUAAAAUAAAGUACCCGCGCAAAGGUCAUGUGCAGGAUGUGUUACUCAUUAUGGAUGUGUACAAGCUAGCCUUAAACUUCAAGCUCUCUCGACUGGAACAGCUCUGCCUUCAGUAUAUUGAAGCAUCUGUAGAUCUGCAGAAUGUGCUCAUUGUGUGUGAAAAUGCUAACAAGCUUCAGCUGGAUCAGCUAAAGGAACAUUGCCUGAACUUUGUGGUGAAAGAAUCACAUUUUAAUCAGGUAAUAAUGAUGAAGGAGUUUGAGCAUCUUUCUUCAUCCCUCAUAGUGGAGAUUGUACGGCGGAAGCAGCAGCCUCCUGUUCGAACGCAUUCCGAUCAGCCGCUCGACAUCGGAACAUCUUUAAUUCAGGACAUGAAGGCUUACCUGGAAGGAGCUGGGAUCGAAUUCUGUGAUAUCAUCCUUCUCUUGGACGGCCACCCGCGGCCAGCCCACAAGGCAAUCCUCGCGGCCCGCUCCAGUUACUUUGAAGCCAUGUUCCGUUCCUUCAUGCCAGAAGAUGGGCAAGUGAAUAUUUCUAUAGGUGAAAUGGUUCCCAGCAAGCAAGCGUUUGAGUCUAUGCUUAGAUAUAUUUAUUAUGGAGAAGUAAACAUGCCUCCUGAAGACUCCCUCUACCUCUUUGCUGCCCCUUACUAUUACGGCUUCUCCAACAACAGACUGCAAGCGUACUGCAAGCAGAAUCUGGAAAUGAAUGUUACGGUGGAGAACGUACUCCAGAUUUUGGAGGCAGCUGACAAGACCCAGGCCCUGGACAUGAAGAGGCACUGCCUGCACAUCAUUGUUCACCAGUUCACCAAGGUCUCCAAGUUGCCAAACCUCCGCUCCCUAAGUCAGCCACUCCUCCUUGACAUCAUAGAGUCGUUAGCUAACCACAUCUCAGACAACCAGUGCGCGGCCGUGGGCUCAGACAUAUGACGUGCUUUGAUAAUGGGACUUCUUGUUUUUUCUGCAAAAAAACCCUUACCACUUUGUGGCUGGCUCGCUCCUUUACCGUUCCGUACUGAGCUGCUCGCAGUGUCUGCGCAGGGUAGCAGACAGCCCGGAGCUGGACAGCUGGCACUCCGUGGAUUUGCUUGGUUUGUUCCUUCAUGGACAAGGGUUUGGUCUCUCCUACACAGAUGUAAUGCUGAAGGCAUUAAGGAAAUGAGUUUAUCCCAGGUGGUUCUGGGGGCUUUCCGAGUCCCAUUGUUACUUUUAUGGUGUAAAAGAAAAGAAUCACUCAUAUUUUAAAGAACUGUUUAAAACCAACAGCAUUAAACAAACUUCACCUGAAACAGUUGGGGGCUGCAAGUGGAAGUCAGGCGUAACAAAACUGGGAGCAGAGCGUGGUGUCAGCAGGGAGCUGAUGUCGGACCAGGGUGGAGUGACUUUUUAGGGACUCUCCAUGGCGUGGAUUAAAAGCUAAGCCCUGUUGCAACUGCCUUGAUUGGUGGGCUGCAGAAAGUGCAGGCCUACGCUCUGCUGCAGGUCAAACUAGAAGCUUAUGGUCCUUUCUGACCAUCAAAUCCAUUAAUCCUAUCUCACUAAGCCUUUCUAAAUCAAUAUAUUAAUAAAGAGUUAAUGUCUCCUGCCUGCAUUA